AUGAAACGAGCACGAUUUCCUAGCGGGAUGGAGCGUCGAAAGUCCUCUACUCCUCACUACCAUACCUUCCCUACUCCACCACCUAAGUCUCGCGGCAGACCUCCAAUGACAUCGACGUCUUCAUUUGGUGGGAAUGGAUCUGCGAAUCCGAAUUCGAAUGAAGAAGAGACUGAAGAAGAACAUCAUCAAUCUCCUCUGCCAAAGAAACAACUUGCCAUAUUGGCAAUCAUCGCACUGGCCGAACAAACCGCAUUGAAUUCGAUAUCUCCAUACCUUCCUCAAAUGACCUCCAAAUUUCCGGAAGUCGAUCCGAGUCAAAUAGGAUUAUAUGUGGGAACUAUAGCGUCGGCUUUUGCUCUCGCGCAAUUUACAACGAAUUUUUUUUGGGGAUGGUUAUCUGAUAGGAUAGGGAGGAAGCCAGUAGUAAUGCUUGGGACUCUUUUGACAUCAGCUUGUUUUGUUGCUUUUGGAUUCUGUAGGACUUUAUGGCAAGCUGUUUUGAUACAAGCGCUUAUGGGUAUGGUCAAUGGGAAUCAAGGUGUGAUUAGUACAUGUUUGGGAGAGAUUACGGAUCGCAGCAAUCAGAGUAAGGCAUUUGUCUAUCUGCCUGUGAUUUAUGGAAUUGGAGGCAUAACGGGACCGGCAUUGGGUGGAUUGUUGAUUUUCGAAGAGAAUCCAUUCGACAGAGGGCAUCCAAACCCUUAUCCAUAUUUACUACCGAAUUUGUUUGCGGCAUCCAUAUUAUUGCUCGACUUGGUGAUGACGGGUUGUUUCCUAGAAGAAAGUCUAGAGGAAGCGAAAAAUCUUCCACCUUUGAAGCACCGAAUGAAAAGUCUUUUCACAUGGAUCUGGCAAUUUGCAGGAGGAGCUCGCCAUCCAACCUACACACGAAGCCCUUCUCAACGCGCAUUACUUCACGACUCUGAUGCCUCGGACGACGAAGACUCCGAAGCUUCAUCACUCCUUUCAAUGGGCGACUUUUUUCACUCAUCCAACGACGCUCAUUUGAGCUAUAAGGAAGUUCUCAAUCGUGAUACCGUACUACUUCUCGGUACAUAUCUCAUCUUCCAACUUUCCAACAUUUCCUUCAACUCCCUCUACCCCAUCUUUGCAUCGGCACCUGAGCGCACUGGACGAGCGCUUUCUCCUUCUGAGAUAGGUCUUUCUCUCUCCUUUGCAGGAAUAGUUACAAUUGUCUUUCAAGUCGGCAUAUUCGGUAAACUUAAAGAAAAGAUGGGAAAUAAAGCAACUUAUAGAGCAGGUUUAUUACUUUUUUUCGUUUCCAUGAUGCUCAUGCCUUGGGUGGGAUAUAAAGAUUCCCCUGCAUUUUUGGGUAUUGGGAGUGGUAAAUUAUGGUUAUGGAUCGAACUUGGUUUCGUCUUAUUAUUAAAAACUGUGGCUGCUGUGGGAGGAUUAACAAGUGCUUUAUUACUUAUUACAAAUUCUGCGCCUAAUCAUGGUGUACUGGGUACAUUGAAUGGAUUGGCACAGACUUUGAGCGCAGCGGGAAGAGCAGCAGGUCCUUUCCUGAGCGGAGGAUUAUUUACCUUGGGAACAAGAAUUCAUAAUGGAGGAUUUCUCACCUGGGGCAUUUUUGGUGGGAUAGCUUUGGUGGGAUUUGUUUUUAGUUGGGGAAUUAGAGGAAAAGAUUUAGAGAGUGAGGAUUGGAGUGAAGAGGAGGAAAGUGAUGAAGAAAGUGGAAGUGGAAGUAGUGAUGAUUUAGAAGCUAGACGAUGA